AUGGUGGCCAUCUUCGUCGCCGGCGCAACCGGGAAGCAAGGCGGCAGCACCGCCCGCGCGCUCCUGGCCGCCGGCCACACGGUCCACGUGUACGUGCGCUCGCGGACGUCGGCGGCGUCGCAGGCCCUGGCGUCCGCUGGCGCGGUGCUCUUCGAGGGCGACUGGGACGACGGGAAGGACCAGGACGGGGCCUCGCUGCGCGCCGCGCUGGCGGGCACGCGGGCCGCCUUCUUCAUCUCGUGGCCGUCCUUCUCCGACGCCGACGCCGAGGUGCGCGCCGCGGGCCGGAUCCUGGCCGCGGCGCGCGGCACGCCCUCCGUGCGCCACGUCGUCUACAGCACCGUGCACGCCAUGGGGCUGUACGGGGAAGACGCGCCGGGUCUGCGGCGCAACGCCUUCCUGGCCGGGUACUUCCGCUCCAAGGCCGCUGGGGAGGAGAUGGUCAGGGGAUUCGCUGACGAGGGCGGGGGAGCGGGAACCCAGGGGGCCGCGGCGAGGACGUAUACGAUUCUGCGCCCGAGCGAGUUCAUGACCAACUACAUCCAGCCGUGGGCCGACUUCCAGUUCCCAGACCUGAUCAAAACAGGCGUCUGGAAUACAGCAUUCCCGCCCGACUUUGGCAUGCGGCUCGUAGACCCGGAGGACGUGGGGAGGAUCGCCGCAGAGGCGCUCCUGCAUCCCGGGGCCUGGGCCGGGAGGGUGGUCGAAAUCACGGGAGAGGUGCUCCCGCUGCAGGAGGAGUUCCAACUGCUGGGCGAGUUCGCGGGCAGGGAGCUGGGCGUGAGGACGUACGAGCGCGCCGAGGCCGAGACGAUCGCGGAGCAGAACCCCCUUGUGCAGUCGCAACUCCUGCGAAUGGACUGGGGAGACGGCCGUGAGACCGUGGCCAAAGAUGACUUGGGACUGGGCUUGGGCUUCAGAUUGACGUCCUUCAGGGAGUAUCUAGAUGCCAAUAGGGCAGCGGUCGUGGACACGUACAAGAACGUGCCUAUGAACCAUUAA